UUUGUAACCGACAAAUGUUUUCAUCGACCGGGCGGAGUCGUUCCUGUUUCAGUUAGAGCAACAAGUGUCAAGGGUAGUGCGAUUUCAAAUUAAUAUGGGUUGUGCUGUGAGUACAACUGGGGACAAGGAGGCACAGGCACGAUCCAAAAUAAUAGACAGGGCCCUACGCGAAGAUGGGGAACGUGCGGCCAGUGAAGUUAAACUGUUGCUACUCGGUGCUGGAGAGUCUGGCAAAAGUACCAUAGUCAAACAGAUGAAAAUAAUACACGAACUGGGUUAUUCGCAUGAGGAACGGGAGCAAUAUAGGCCUGUGGUCUAUAGCAACACUAUUCAAAGUUUAAUGGCAAUUAUCAGGGCUAUGGGGCAAUUGAGGAUCGAUUUCGCUGAUCCUAGUAGAGCAGAUAUUGCCCGACAGUUUUUCACUUACGCCAGCGCCGCCGAAGAAGGUGAACUGACGCCGGAGCUGGUCACCCUGAUGAAAAAACUAUGGUUGGACAUGGGAGUGCAGCUGUGCUUCGCCAGGUCGAGGGAGUAUCAGCUAAACGAUUCCGCAGCUUAUUACUUAAACGCCUUAGAUCGUAUAUCACAACCUGGUUAUGUGCCAAGUCAGCAAGAUGUACUUAGGACGCGUGUCAAGACUACAGGCAUUGUUGAGACUCAUUUCUCAUUUAAGAAUCUACAUUUCAAGAUGUUUGAUGUUGGUGGUCAGAGAUCAGAGAGGAAAAAGUGGAUACACUGUUUUGAAGGAGUUACAGCUAUCAUUUUCUGUGUUGCUUUGUCAGGGUAUGACUUAGUCUUGGCUGAAGACGAAGAAAUGAACAGGAUGGUGGAGUCGAUGAAAUUGUUCGAUUCAAUAUGCAACAGUAAAUGGUUUGUAUCAACUUCUAUAAUUUUGUUCUUGAAUAAGAAGGACUUAUUUGAGGAUAAAAUAACCAGAAGUCCAUUGACAAUAUGCUUCCCCGAAUAUACUGGGCCGAACACAUACGAAGACGCCUCCUCAUACAUAAGAAUGAAGUUUGAAAACUUGAAUAUGAGGAAGGACCAGAAGGAAAUUUACACACAUUUCACGUGUGCUACUGAUACCCAUAAUAUUGAGUUCGUGUUUGAUGCUGUUACUGAUGUGAUUAUUAAGAAUAAUUUAAAAGAUUGUGGCCUUUUGAUGUAACGUGCCAUUAUAAUGUUAGUUUAGGUAACUUCUACACAUUCAGAUAUUUUUUGAAAGAAGUAAUUUUCCAAGAAAAUCAUUUGAAUUAACUUGUUGAUAUGUAAAUAACAAUCUUUUUUUUUACAUUAAUUUUUGAUCUCCUUAAACUAAAUCGAUUGAGACUUUUUUUUGUGAAAAUUAGCAGUAUUUUUUUCGUAUGUUCAUUUUACAACCCAUACCCGUUAUUUAUUUUGUGUCAGAUGUUAAAUUAAGUGCCUUGAAACUGUUCUAAUUAAUGCCAAACUAUUAUAAUUUUAUGUAGUAUUUUUACAUGCUGUGUUUGAUACCACAAAUAACACGGACAAUAACUUUGUUAAAAGGACUUUUAACAAAGACGUCAACUUUGCUCAAAAACACAAAUACCUGUGUGUUUAAAUGCUUGUGAUUUGGUAGUUGGUGAAUUAAUUUGUGUUGGCAAAUGCAGUUAUUAAUAGUUAAUACUCAAAUUUAAACAAACUUACUGCAUUCAAUAACUUUAAUAUAUAACAAUUAAGUAUUUUGGAGGUUUAUUUACUGUAGCAUUAUAAUAUAUGUUUAAUGUUAAUAUUAGAGAUAUUGAACAGAAGACGAAUUCUGUAAUUGUAUUCAUUCCAAAAGUGUACUUUUGACUGCAACUUUUCCAUGACAUUCUAACAUUUGUAAUUUUUUAUCUUUCUCAAAUUAUUUAUUACUACCAUUUAAAAAAUUAUAAAUGUUAUGUACCAUUAAAUGCUAGAAAUCUGUAAGUUAAACUUAUUUUAUAUACGUUUAUACACAUUAUAUUUGUCUUGUUAUUUAAUAUCAAGAGCUUUUUAUACUUUUGUACUUUGUCAAUAAUAUGUAAAAUAUAUAUUUUAAGAAAUAUAUUUCUUCUAAAA